GAGCGAAAAAUAGAUUAUCACCAAACCAAAAGAAUUAAAAUGCGAGAUAACUGCGUUAGUAAGAUGGAGAAAAGUUGCAUGUUGGUCUCCCUUUGCCUUACCUUUGCCUCAAUCAUCACCUGUUUCCAACCGACUUGUCCAAUGAUCAGAUAUACUGGAAGCUUUGACUUCAAAAACCACGUGCAAGACCACGCCCUAUUUGGAAGUUCCUACAAGAAUCUUACUGCAGAUACAAUCCAGCAAUGCUUUGGUAUCUGUGUGAAAGAUUGUAGAUGUGUAUCAUAUCAGCUCUAUGGUAGGAAAUGCGAGUUGAUUGACGAGAACAGAUACACUGUUCCAGCAGAGCGAUUUAAGAAAGCGCCUGRUUACAUGUACUUCGAGCUGAAACAGGAGUUCAAGAGUAAGGGAUCAGGCUGCUCAAGCAAGUGUAGCAAUGGAUGCUGUCGUUUCUCGCCUUGUCAAAAUGGAGCAACUUGUAUUGAGUUGUGUGACAAUGUCACGCGUAAGUUUGAGUGCAAAUGUCCAUCAGGGUAUAGAGGAAGGGUGUGUGACGUGCCUGUAUCAUGCAAUGCAUACAGCAAACGGUCAUCUGCUAACGUCUUCCCAAUAUACACUUCUAAAAUCAUGAUGGUUGUAAAUAUGAUUACUGUGAAAAUUUUGGGUAUUACAACAUCAUCAACUCGAAUCAUCGAUGCAGCGCUGAUCCGUCCGCCACUACCCAAUGGUGGUUUGGAGCAGCUCGUUGAACAGAACAGAACAUGCUCAUGUUGGGGGAAAAACGUGUAA